AUGGCGUCCCCAGCUGCAACAACAUCUGCAGCAUCAACUGCCACCCGCUUUCCCAUUAGCCAUGAUCCAAUCUCGGAUAUUGUGAAAACCAAAAACUUCAUCGAUAAUGAGUUUACAGAUUCAAACGCAGUUGAGUGGUUUGAAGUACAUGAUCCCGCCACGAAUAAUCUUGUGACCCGAGUACCUCAGACUACUGACAAGGAGUUACACGCCGCAGUGUUAUCUGCUGAAAAGGCGUUCCCGGCAUGGCGGGCUACCAGCAUCAUCACUAGACAGCAGAUUCUAUUCAGAUUUGUCUACUUGAUCCGAACUCACUGGGAUCGCUUGGCUGCUUCAAUUACUCUAGAGCAAGGCAAAACCUUUAAAGACGCAAAAGGAGAUGUUCUCCGUGGCCUUCAAGUUGCCGAAACGGCGUGUGGAAUUACGACACAGCUGACUGGAGAGCUUCUUGAGGUCGCAAAGGAUAUGGAAACUAGAACAUAUCGAGAACCAUUAGGUGUAGUUGCCGCCAUCUGCCCAUUCAACUUCCCAGCCAUGAUCCCACUAUGGUCCAUUCCAAUUGCAACCGUGACUGGCAACUGCCUUGUCUUGAAACCAUCUGAGCGGGAUCCAGGUGCCGCAUUAAUCUUAGCAGAGCUUGCUCGUGAAGCAGGAUUCCCGAAGGGAGUGUUGAACAUUAUCCAUGGCGGCAAAAAAACAGUCAACUUUCUACUCGAGCAGCAAUCUAUUCGAGCAAUCAGUUUCGUUGGGAGUAACAGCGCUGGGGAGUAUAUCUACUCUCGUGGAUCGGCCAAUGGAAAGCGUGUACAGGCUAACCUUGGGGCGAAAAAUCAUGCCGUCAUUCUUCCAGAUGCUGACAAGCAACAUACUUUGAAUGCUGUCGUGGGAGCGGCAUUUGGCGCAGCAGGCCAACGCUGUAUGGCCCUUAGUGUUCUUAUUAUGGUUGGUGAGACUAAGGAAUGGCUUCCAAAUCUUGUUGAAAGUGCCAAAGGCCUUGUUGUUACUGGUGGAUUUGAGAAAGUCUGCGAUGUCGGUCCUGUGGUAAAUGUUGCUAGCAAGGAGAGGAUUGAAGACAUCAUCAAAAGCGCCCAGGAAGAAAACGCUUCAAUUCUUCUGGAUGGAAGGAAUUACAAAGUCUCAAAAUAUCCAAAUGGCAACUUUGUCGGACCAACGGUCAUCACCAAUGUUACUACUGACAUGAGAUGCUAUAAGGAAGAAAUAUUUGGGCCCGUGCUUGUCUGCCUUGCUGUUUCAUCACUCGAGGAAGCUAUACAGCUUGUAAACAGAAAUGAAUAUGGAAAUGGCGUUGCCGUUUUCACUCAAUCUGGCCCAGCAGCUUCCUACUUUCAGAAAAAUAUUGAGGCAGGGCAAGUCGGUAUCAAUGUGCCCAUCCCAGUACCACUACCUAUGUUCUCUUUCUCAGGAAAUAAGAAGAGUAUUGCUGGUGGAGGAGCAAAUACAUUUUACGGAAAGCCUGGUCUGAACUUCUACACCCAAACAAAGACAGUGACAAGUUUAUGGCGGAGCGAGAACACCGACACCGGUAAACAAGUCGUAAUGCCGUCUCAUCUUUAA